AGAGGUUUCUCUAUUUGUAAGAAGGUAGAGAGAGAAACAAAGAGGAAAGUAAAAAUAAAUGGAAGGGAAAGAGAAAGAGAAAGAAGAAGCGAAGAGGACAAUGAUCAUGAAGAUCAACAAACUCAAGGAGACACCUCAAGAGAUAAGCCAAGAAGACGCUAAAAGACAAGAAGCUUACAACAUGUCUCCACGUGUACGUGGUGGUAGUGGCUCUGCGGGUAUGGGAAAGUCAUCGAGCGUGAGGCUAAACUGUUUAUGCGCACCAACAACACACCCUGGCUCCUUCAGGUGCCGUUACCACCGUCGCAACUCUGCACUCGGAAUGUCACGUGGCAUAUCUGUUCCCUCUAACCUUUCCAUGUUGGGAGGAGGAGGCUCUCCUAAAUCCUAAAGUCGUCGUCUCAUGAUUUAAUAAGCUAUAUAAUGUGUUUUUUUUUUUUUCUCAAUUCAAAACCUCUCCAAUGUGUUUGUGUGUAUAUAGAACGUGAGACAAGGUGUGGUUUUCUUUUCUUUAUGUUCUUGUUUGUAAAGGAUUUCUUUAAAAUACCAAAAUGCAUAACAAGUAGAGGUACCUCUGGGCAAUGCAAACACUCUUGUGUUAAAUUUACAUAACGUUGAGGUCAAACAAAAGAAGACAAGUUU